GCUUGUUUUGUAUGUGGGCAGCUCAGUCCACACAGCUGCUUUUAAUAUGGCGUAUUGGUUCCAAGUGUAUUGCAAAUGAAAUGAAUGGUAACAGAGUUAGUGCUGGUUGCUGGUGGUGGUGAAAUGAGAUUGCUUUAGUUUUCUGCUUGCACUCUCUGUAGGGUACGUGCAAGUGCAUGUAAAGGAUCUGGCAUUACGGAUGCUGCUGUAGCAUGCAUGCUUGGGGAGACUAGGGAUCAAUUCAGUGUUCCAGAACAGGCUGUGGGGUUUACAACAAAGCACUUUGGAACGCCUGAGGGAGUUCUAUUUUUUAAGUCGGGUUCUUAAAGAGAAUUCAGUAAUCAACUCUGGGGCUUUGUACUGUACAUAAAAGCAUUUCUGGAAUCUGUACUUGUUUUCCUGCCUGAACACCAGCAGAGUGUAAAUAUGCAGGGGCUGUCUUGGGCCCAGUCUAGAAAAGGCAAGAGCAACAGAUCUGGCUGUGGUUGAAAGAGGACACCCUGUGAUUUCAGGCUAGGCAAGUUGAACAGCACCCCGCAGAUAGCUGACUGCCCCUCCAGCCCCUCAGUCCAGCCUCCGAGCAGCCAGCAGAGAGGGGAGGACAGCGACCCCUGUUGGACGCCGCCGAACAACCCCAACAGGAGCGGCCUUCACACCAGACCCAUCCGCCACCCGGAGCUCCGCAAGUACUACUUAAUGGAUUCCCUUUCAUUGCAAGAAGAAACAAAGGCUAAAGGCGCAGUUUGGGAUCAGCCUCACGGAACAGUUGAAUACACAGUGCAUUCCAAGGACACUCUGUUCAGUGUAGCGUCCCAGUUCCACACCACCCCAAGCCAGCUGAUGAAAUGGAACCGACUGUACACUCAAACACUGCUGCCAGGACAGCGGCUGUAUCUUCCAUAUCUGAAGCUGCCGUCGCCUCAGGGUGCUGUGUCUCUUCCUGAUGAUCGAGCCGCUGACAGCCCCACUUCCUGUCCUCCCAGCAGCCCUCUGACUCCUUCCCUAGAUGCGGAGUAUGACAAGCUGUUGGACGUGGAGGGAGUCCCAAUGCCUGAUGGACAGCUCUGUCUGCUGGCCCUGCCCCCAGAGUGCUUUCCCGCCCAGGAGGAGGAGCCUGUCGCCGUGCGCUACCUGAAGCUGUGGUGCCGCUACAUCACCGACAGGAAGGGCGUGGUCACAGGGAUCCUGCUCGUCACGCCCAAUAAGAUUUUCUUCGACCCCUACAAGUCCCACCCCCUGGUGCUCGAGCACGGCUGUGAGGAGUACCUGCUGUCCUGUGCCAUCGACAGCCUCGUCUCGGUCUCCUUCUUCAGCGAUAUCUCUGGGGUGCACUUCUUCACCAGAGCCUCCCCACUGGCGAGAAAUAAGAAGGUCAAAAAACCCAAAGCGCUAAACCUGGAGUCGCUCAAACGUGGAGUGAGGCCUAGUCUUGGGAUUAAAUCAGCCUCGCCUUCAGACCCCCAGCAGGACACGGGCAGCAUCCUGCCCACAUCUCCCCCUCUACCAGACAGCUGCUUGAGUUCGCUUUUAGGCCGGAAGCUGUCAGUUGAAGACAAAAACAUCUGGCAGGAGUGUUUAACAGGUCCCCAGGAAACCCUGGCUCAUUCUCAAACAGCAUGGGCCGCCAUGGACUCUGGUCAAGGCCUUGGUAACCAGGGCGGCAGCCUGGGGGAGUUUGGAGGCAGAGAGAACCUGGAGGAGGGGUAUGUCAAUGUGGGAGCAGGAGUCCUGGGCAGUGCUGCCACCUUCUGCUGUGGAGGUGGUGGAGCAGAGGGGUCAGGAAAAGGCAUCCGUAUGGAAAAGGUGAAAGCUGGAGGAAAUGAAAAGGAGAACGCACUGCUGGACAAACAGUUCAAAAGAGGUCCUUCCAAGCAACCUGCUGCCCGCUCUGCUCUGAGGUUCCUUCGGCUGAGGCUCCAGGUCCCCUUGAAGAGAAAAUCCGUCUUCUCUCCGGAGCACAGGGCUGACAAGAGACAGCUGAGCCGAGACGUCUGGUUCACCCUCACUCAGGACAAGUCGGAUGAGCUGUAUGCCUAUCUGAGUUACUGGAGGCCUGACCUGUACAUCAUGGAGGGGGGCGGGGAAGAGGAAGAGGAGGAGUUUGUGCUGGUGGAUGAUGAGGAGGAAAUCUCCCCGACUGAGAACCACAGCGCUCCCCGUGUGGUGGAGGACUGGGAGAUCAUCUCUGUGGAAGACGGUGGAGGGGAGCAGGCCAAAGAGCCGGAGGCCCUGACGGAUAUCCUGGAGCAGUCAAACAUCAUGGAGGAGAGUCACAUCCGAGAGCUCUCCAGCCACCUUCCCCCGAGGAUCCUGAUCCACUCCUGGCAGUUAGCGUACAGCACCUCCCUGCACGGCUCCAGCCUGAAGACUCUCUACAGGAAGCUGUCACAGAGAGAGUCCCCAGCACUGCUGGUGAUAAAGGACUUCCACAACCAGAUUUUUGGAUGCUUCGUCUCCCACCCUUUGAGGCUCAGCGACUCGUUCUAUGGAACGGGAGAAACGUUCUUGUUCACUUUCUACCCGGAGUUUAAGUGUUUCCAUUGGACGGGAGCGAAUUCCUUCUUCAUUAAAGGCGAUUUGGAUUCCGUUGCAAUUGGUGGAGGAAGUGGUCAUUUUGGGCUGUGGCUGGAUGAGAACCUCUACCUGGGGUGGAGCAGUCCCUGCAGCACCUUCGACAAUGACACCCUGUCGGAGACGGCAGACUUCCGAGUGCUGGAGCUGGAGGUGUGGAACUUCUACUAGCAACACCCUCGCGAAAAACAAUCCGGGGUGGACUGGACACAAGAAGUCCAUCCUGCUGGACCACCCACAGCACUGCAGUGAACAUCCCUUUCACAGUAUAACCAAACUAGUUAACUAAAUUAAUACUGCAGCGUGAACAAGCUUCCACUGGAGUCGCCUGGAAGGAGAGCCAAGGAGAAUACCAGAGCCAAGACUUGGGGAUCAUGCUGUGUACUGGACUAGAAUAUUCCCAUGGGGCUACUGCAGCGGGGCGAUAGAAUGGGGUUCUUUUCUAGAAUUGUGCUGCACACUCAUGGCACAUCUGCCACUCUUGUCAAAGAUGCUGCUUCCAUACCCUGGGAGAGUACUUGUUUCACUUAGCUUCUGACUGCACUUUCUGUUGUUAACACAUGUUGAUUAUUGUGUACUGAAGGGUCCUGUCAACCCACCAUGAUUAAAGCUGCAGCAUUCGUUCAUUUAUGUUCUGCGUGGACCGUACAGUACGUCCCAUUUUAGAGCGAAUUUGUUGCCAAGCUGUUUGUGUGUAUUACAUUAGUUUGAUUCAGACAAUUGAUGGGGUUUUAAAAACUCUGUCUUACUAUAUAUAUUUGUAUGAUUUUUAGACCUUUCUCCUUUUAACAAUAAACUGCGCACAGUUAAAACUGCUCAAGCAUGAAUAUCAUUGUGUAUAAAUAAAAUGCCUAAAUGAUU